AUGAAUAGCGCAGCAUUCGCGCUUCCAGGCCCACGAGGACCCUCAAUUAGUUUAACACCUUUCGAAGCGCCGAUACCAAUGUAUUCACCAUCUGGAAGUGGUGGCAUUUCACGUUCCGUGAAAAUGGAAUCGGGCGGAUUAUGCAAAAAAUCCAGGAUACGAUACACGUGUUACGCAACGACUUGUCUAAACAACAAUAUGAAGAGACGACAGUUCAAGCAAGCCGAAGAAAGGCCUAUUUCUCGCAGAAUAACCGAGAGAACAAAUAAACGAGAACCGAUCGCGCAACGAUCAGGCGAUGUUUAA